CCAGCACAGCUCAGCUCUGGGGACCAGGAAGUGGUUAGCUGAAGAGGACAGCGUUCUUUCAGGCUCUUUUGCUGAGCUUGCCUGUCUUCACUGCAUGCAGUCUCUGGUUCCUGGCUUUUAGAUGAUGUCCUGGCAAGAGAAGCAUGAGGGCCCCCAUCCAUGUCUUAUCCGUCAACUGGAUCACCUGGUGCUGACUGUGAAGAGCAUUGAGGACACCAUAGGCUUUUAUUCCAAAGUCCUGGGUAUGGAAGUGGUCACUUUCAAGGGCAACCGGAAAGCGCUACGUUUCGGGAACCAAAAGUUUAACCUCCAUGAGGCUGGGAAGGAGUUUGAACCCAAGGCUCGCAGACCAGUUCCUGGUUCCACAGACGUCUGCCUGAUCACAGACACCUCGCUAGACCAGCUAGUGGGACACCUGAAGGCCUGUGGUGUGACUAUUGAAGAAGGCCCAGUGCCCAGAACUGGUGCCAUUGGUCCAAUCACAUCCAUCUACUUCCGAGACCCAGAUGAAAACCUGAUUGAGGUUUCCACCUACAGUACUGAUUUGGCUAUUGACGGAGUGAAGCAUUAGCCACAAUCCUCCUUUCACACACACACCCCAACCUUCUCAACACUAGAAGCAAGCAAAAGAGGCUGUGAUUUUUCUUUGUUCAUUUGCAGUGCAUUGUAGGAUGGGGUUUGAGAAGACAUCAGUUUGUGUCCAUGUCCAUUCUGCCAGGCUCCUGAUAUAGCGGGACAUAUCAGGCGUCAUCCACAAAGGAAACCUGCGCAACACAUUCAAAAAAUGAGCCAGGGCUGGGAGCUUAAAUUCAUAAGUCUUCUAGACACUAAAAAUCAGGGACUGAACAGAGACACUGGAUUUAUGACUUAUUACAACAAUCUGCUACCCACUAACUCCCCCCACUUUUUGUCCUAUGACUGCAGAGGUGUUAACUCUACCUUGAAAAGUCCCGUGCAAUAUGUGCUAACUACUUAUGCUAAACAAUCUGUUCCACCUUUCAUUUGCAGUGAUGCUGGGAGCACCUUUCCCAGCCCUGAAGAAGAGCUCUGUGUGGCUCACAGCCUAGCUUUCCCACCAACAGACGUUUUCCUAGAUGGUAAAUUCCCUGGGGCAGGGACUAUCUUUUUGUUCUGUGUUUGUACGGCACCUAGUGCAGCGGGGUCCUGAUCCAUGAAUGGUGCUUUGAGGCGCUAAUGGAAUGCACCUUCUAAAGCAAUACUAAGUAGGGCCCUACCAAAUUCACGGUCCAGCAGCAACACAGAAGUAAGGAUGGCCUGGUAUGGUAUUGCCACC